AGACUGUCUUGAGGUGCUAACGACAGUGACCCAGAUUCGAGAUUAUAAUGUUUUGAGGAUUUCCAGAACGGCCACGAAACUUCGUAGGCAGCAUCGACCCCCGGCACCAACAUUAGAAUUAUAUCGAAGCUAUUGAGACAACAUCAUCAAGGAUCCUACCAUGAAGGAUUCCGAUAUGUCCUCGAGAUCUCGUGUCUUCGCUACCUCCGAACUCUUUGAGCUUAUCCUCCUAAAAUUACCCAUGCGCGACCUCCUCCUUGCCUCACAGAUUAGCAAGACUUUCCAUGCUACCAUCACCACUUCCCCAGCCCUCCAAUAUGCCCUCUUUUUCCGCCCUAUCAAUGGCUCCCCGCCUCAAGCGGAUAUUCCAAAUCUUGAGAUCAACCCCCUCCUCGACGUCACCUUUCCUGGGUUCUUAUCCGACGCGCCUGAGAUACCAAUAGAAGAAUGGGACCUACACUUCAACCGUUUCCCCAACCCUCCAGAACCCUACGAUAGCUCUAGCACCGCACUCUAUCUCUGCAGCGCAUGGAGUCUCCGGCCCGAAGCCUUCGCCCGCAAAGAAGCAAGCUGGCGGCGCAUGCUAGUCUGCCAGCCACCGGUUCGGCGCCUGACACUAAUCAACAAGUUCGACGGGGAGGGUGGAACCUCCGUGGACGAGGGCUCGCUCGACUUCGAAGAAGGAGAGGGGCUCCGCAUGCAUACGCUGGCGGACUACCUCUAUGGAAACGUGGCUGCGCGCCCGUUCUUUCGGCCGACUUUCUUGACGCGGACGCGCUGGGGCGAAGUCGAGUACGAUGCGGCGGCGUGCAAGGAGCAGCGCAGACUCACGUUGUGGUUGAAGGUGAACGGCUACGUUAGCUGCAUCCCGCAAGUGGAGGAGAAGCUGGAUCUGUAUCGGAGCGAGGGUUACGAGAAGGUAUGGAUUCCGGUUGUUGAGAAGCUGAGGCCGGAUACUGGGUAAGAUGUUUGUGACUGUUUCUCAGAGGACUUAUCGCUCAUUCGUUCUGUAGGGACGAUGACUUCACGGCCUUUUGGACGACCACUUAUGGAAGUAUAUUUGGCAAAGAUGAGAGCGCGAGCCUUUUUAAU